UUGACUGUCGUCGGACGGGCCUCGUCGCCCCAGCGAAACCUCUCAUCGUGCACGCGUCCGUCGUUUUACCGCUGGAAAAAUGACGGCUCCCGGCCUACGCGACUCGCCCGUGCUCUGUCCACGGUCUAGACACGUCCAUGUUCGCCGCGUUAUGUGAACGUCCUGCGUCCCGGGGCCCGGCUGUCCGUUCGCGCUAGCAUGAGCAUUUCUCAGGAGAGCGCGGCUUCGAUCGUGUGCAGGGAGGUCUUUGACGAGACGUCGCAUCCGUCGCACAAAGAGGUGCUCGAGUAUGCGAGACGACUGGGAAUCGACCCUGAUGCAGAACCACACCUUCUGGACCUGGCCAGGAAGGGCCUUAUGGCGGCCCUCCCUAAGGGAUGGCUGCCGUGCUUCCACGAGGCGAGUGGUGCUUGGUACUAUUACCAGGUGUCCACUGGAACCACCUCCUGGGAGCAUCCCCUGGAUCCUGUGCACAAGGCAAUGGUCGAGGAAGCCAGGGCUAGCAACGCCAGGCAAAUGAGCAUCGAAGAGGAUUCUAAGACAACGACCAAGGACCUCGAGUCACACGAAGAAGCAACUCUGCCUAAGGAGACCUCCUCUUCCAAGGAAACCUCGAAACACGCGGCUAAGAACAACACAGUGUCCACCAGGAUUCCUACGAAGUUGACACCGUUGACACCGUUGACACCGUUGACACCGUUGAAGAAGAUCGUCGGAGGAAGGAGGAAGGAUGGAAUAACCCAAGAGAAACAAUCGAAACGAGAUGACACGAGGAUAGAUAAUCCUCUGGCAACUAACAGAGCUUCCAGAGACUAUACUAAGCUGAAGUUCCAAGAUCCGAAAUUCUACGAGUGCCCGAAAAUCCUGGAGAUGGCUGGUUCGACGAGUGCCGCGAGUACACCUACAGCGACGACGCCAGAGCAAGAGAUAGACUUGAAGGAGGUGCUGAAGAGGUCGGAAUCUCUCAGUCCCAGGCAUGAGAAGGAUUGGGAACAGUUGUCUAGUAAAUUCAGCUCCGAGGAGAAUAUCAUAGACAUCGAUAAGCUCAGUGUCAGUACUCUAGCUAGAUCGGAGAAGUCUGAGAAGUUCGACAAAGAGAAGCAUCCUAGUCAGUUCGGUCAGCAGAAGGAGUUGACCAUAAGCGGUGGAGGAACUAUGUUUCUGAAGAGCAACAGAAGCAGAGAUACUACUCCUAGUCACGAAGGGAGCAAACUGGACGAGUUCAGAACGGUUAUGAUCCCUGACGAAGUUAUAAACGUCGGUGGAGACAAGCUGAAGUCGAUCUUGAGAGAGAAACAGUCUGAAGAUGAUGACAGACCAGUGGACGAGGAGAGAAAAAGCGUGAGGUUCGACAUCGAGAAAGAAGUGGAUAUCAAAUUUACCUACUCGGGGUCGGAAGACGACUGGGAGUCGGAAUCUGAGGAACAGGACGUACAAAUAACCGCAGUUGUUUCGAACAGGGACACUGGCUGGAUUCAUUCCUCGCAAAAGUCGAAUAACCAAAGCAUCAACGACGAAACCAAAGUAGAUUUAGACGGUAAACCUGAAGAUGAGAUCGGGAGAAGCAGCUCGUCGUUGGAAAAAGUGGAACAGAUUCCAGUGAGGAAGGACGCGAAAAUUGUAGGAAAGAGAUUCAUCGUUCAAAAUGUUCCUGAAAGUGAGCAUCGUACUAGGUUCGUUCUCCAAAAUGUCGCUGAGAAGGAUCAUCGUCUUCAGAUGGCCAGAGACAGUUUGUCCAGAGAGAGCUUCUCGAGAGAAAGUAGUCCUGACUUCACGUCGACUAGCAAAUUCAAUAAAAUCAAAAAUAUCGAUCUAGUGUCGAAAAGUGAGACUGAUUAUACCACUGAUUCGGAAGUCCGCCGAAAGAACACGUCCAAAGUGGAUUUCUCGAAGGACGAACAGACUGACGACGACGACACGUCGCACUCUUCCCGAGUCAACCAGAAGUACGAGCUUUCUCGUAAGAAACGCUACGAGAAUGCUGUGAAACAGGAGCAGAGCAAGAAGCUGGAUGAAACGAAGACUAGAUUGAGCUUGGAGCAUCACAAGGACAUCGACGCGUUGCAGAAGGACUUCGAGGAGAAGCUGGGACAGGCGAAGAAGGAAUUGGAGGAGAAUUUCGCGGAGCAGAAGAAGCAAAUGGAGAAGAAUUUGUGCGACAAGUUGGAGGAAUUAAAAUGCGAGAUGGUCGAGAAGGAGGAACGAGAAAUCCAGAAGUUAAUCGCCGAAAUGGACGAGGCCAGGCUGAAGAAUCUGAAGAAGGUGAAGGCGGAAUUGGAAGUGUGCUACGAGAAAGAGAGGCAAGAAAUUCUGGCGAAUCUGAAGACGGAACUUGACGAGAGAAGGAGAGAAUUGCUGGAAUUGCGGAACCAGGAGAUGGGAAAAUUGGAAAGCGAGCAUGAACGUGACCUGGGCGAAGAGAAGCUGGCGAAACUGAGCGAGUUCGAGCUGACCAAGCAGCAUUCCGAAAGGAUCGAGGCAAUGAAGAAGGAAUUGGAGAAGGAGUGCGAGGAUCUUCGUACCCAGCUACGAAUGCAACACAGGGAGAAGAUUUCUAGGAUCACCGACGAUCACGAGAAACAUCUAACUGAACUUCUGCGCGAUUUUCGAAGGAACGAGGAUCUCACCAGGGAAAUGUACAAUCAACGUCUGGAGGAGAUUCGCGCGGAUUUGGCGCGAGAUGUGGGGAACGAAACGAGAAGGCAGACAGAGCGAGCUAUUCAACAAGAGAGCGUGGAGUUCGACAAGAUGCGCAGCGAUAAACGGCUUCUUCAAGAGAAGUAUGUGGCGUUGAAGGAUAAGUACAUGAAGCUGAAGAGGCAGUGUCGUUCAGCGAUCGAGAAAAGGAGACGGGUGGAGGGAUACACCACUGCUUCGGAGACAGAGAGGUCGACGUCCACCAGGACGAGAACCGAGAGGACCGAGUCGUCAGAACAAAAAAGCAUGGUUCUGUCCACCUCGACGACGACCAACGCCAAACCUCACGAGAUACAGCCGACCAACAGCGUGCAGCAGCAGCAGCAGCACCAGCACCAGCACCAGCAGCAGCAACCCGAGGAACCGCACGAGCAGCCGGAAGAAUCGAGCGCUCAGAAGGCGAACACGGGGUUUCCGAAGAGCAUAGCCGUGGCUAAAACAGCCGCGAGAUUUGAAACGGACGACACGACCACCGCCAGCGAAACGAACGCGAAUCUGACGAAGAAGAAGAAGAAUUUCACGAAGAAAGCGACCACCGCCAACAGACCUAGUACAGCAGCGGGCAACAACCACAACAACAACAACAACUUCGAGAAUCCUGUGGAGAACAUCAGGAAACAGCUGGAGAAGCUCGAAGAUCUAGGUGAUCAAUUACCCAGCAACGAAACGGCCUACAUUUUGCGAUAUCCUUUCCAAGACAAAGCACCGGCGAACGCCUCCUCGGAGCUGGAGUUUUUCCGGCACCGAAUUCACGUCGAGAGGGAUUCAGUAAGGCGGGCGAGGGAGGCACUUCGGCAUCAGGAGAACGUAUUCCAGGGACGGCAGAGGGUUUGGAAGCAACGUAGCGCUAGGGCGACCCUCGAGCAACUGAUUCAGGAAGAACGCGAACUUUCGGACAUGGAGGUAAAUCUACACCGGACCAAGAGCCUCUUAGGUGAGAAAGUGAUUUAUCUGAGGCACUUGGAGCAGUCGUUGGAGAGGGUGGCGAAUGUGAAGAAGAACGAGAACGAAGCAACUUCGACGAGGAACGAUGAAUUAACACUGAGCGACCUGUCCAGCGUAAGCAGUGGCUUCAGUUCGACGGAUUUAGAAACGGAUAUGUUCAUAGACAAUCCGGAUCGGUACCAGGAUUCGGCGGAAAUCAUCGCAAGUCUGGAAAAACUAAUCUCGGACAUACGUGAUACGUGGGGCGUGCUGAAUAAGUGUCCAGACACAACCAUACCGCCACCGUCAACUUGGAUGCACUCUUACGUUGCUGCCCAAUUUCUAAUUACACACAAUUCGAUCGUUUCCUUUCCAGGAGCGUUUGGUACGCCGCAUAUUCUGUCGAACAUCCUGUCCGAGUUAAAAGCCACGCAACCAUCGACGAUCACCAUGCAGAACAUCAUCGCCCAAUAUGGUCCUAACAGCGGUUUCACAACGAGCGUUGGUACCGUUGAGAAGAGUUCCUCCAAUUUAAUGGAGAGAACGUGGAAUCUACGGGAUUGGCUGCGGCAAGCUCGCAUCGAGAACACUGACCUGAUGAAUCCAGGCCAGGCGACUCUGUAGGACACAGAGAUUCACAGUCGUCGAAAAUCGAAAGAUUCACUUCCAAACGACUCUCGUAGAAGAUGAACGAUUUAUUUCCUUAAUUACUUUACUCGAUCUUCUAGUAAAUAAUCCAUUGACCAAUCAAAAGUAGCGAAAAAGAAGUCGUUUGAAAGCGAAGAUUCUUUUUUCUUUUUUUUAUGGAGAAAUCGUCGUAUCCACUCUGGCCGAGCCAACUGCACCAAUUUUCGAACCUCAACUUCGCUUGUUCCUAAACGAGUUCAGUUCGUCUUUUUGCUGAAUCAACGACAAAGACUGUAACAACGAGGCACGUGCACGACACAGAACCCCGUGGCAAAAGCUAAUCGCAUUCUAGAAUCCUUGUUACUCGAUGAUAGAGGAUGAAUAAUUAGAACCUAUGAAAAACACUGUGGGGCACGUGGUCACGUGAGAAACAAACUUCCAAAGCUCGGUCGUAUCGCGGCGUUCCUUCGAAAUUUUAUCCGCAAUAGCAGCCUGCCUAUUCGACGAUGAAAUUCUAAUUACAAUUGAAAAGUGUAACGAUUGUAAUUAGAAUUUCGCCCUGGAAUUUUAACAGACACCGUUUCGUUUAAUAGUACACUAUUUAUCGACAUUUUACGGUGUAAAAAGUGGGAAGACUUUGAAGAAAAAGAAAGAAAGAAAAACAAGCGCCAAAAGACUCGGUUGUGGAAAACUUGUGUGGGAAUCGUUUGUUGGAAACGAGGAGCCCUUGUGUGUGGCCGCUACAUGGAUUCGCAUGAAACGGAAGGAUAGUUAGCGCUACAGAGUUCUCUUGUAAAUAAGAAUUUCUCUCGAUGGUUCCUUUUCUCCUCCCCCC